AUGAAUCUGUAAUUCAAGCUUGUCUAACACUAUUUCAAAAGAGUUUAAAAUUAUCAGAAUACUAUAAAGUAUUAUUUUUGGCAUAAAUAUUAAACAGAGUACAUUUUAUAUAAAGAAAUUACGACAGAAUGAUUGAAUUUUAGGAUCAAUCUCUAAGAUUUGGAAACCAUUUUAUCAAAUUCAAUAGAACCUAUUGCAAUUCUCAAUGUUUAAAGAUUAAUUGAAUUCAAUAUUCUCCAAGAAGAAUAUAGCAUUUAGAGUUUAUUUUAUAUUCUAGAUAAACUUUAAAAGACUUUGACUGAAUAUCAAUUGGUAAUUUAAAUAAAAAAAUGGAAAACUAUUGAUAUAUAUUUUAUAACGUAAGGAUAAAUUGUCUCCUGUUUCUGA